UUAAUCAUAAAGAAGCAAGACAUAUCGCUGAGAAAAAAAAAUUAUUACAAAACCCAUUUCAGAAUUUUAUAUUUCGUUUUUACUUAAGUUAAUUAUAAAAUAAAGGAAAUUAGAUGGCGAUCGAGAAUAAAAGAAUUAGAGUAAAGAACAAACAUGGAGACGAAAAGGGGAAAACGGUAAGGGGAGAAAGAAUAAAAUACAGUGGAAGACAAAUAGAGUAAAUGAAGCGGGUGAACAGACAGAUGGGUGAGGUAAGAAAAUGAAGAGAUGUGAAGAAAGAUAAGCGCGAGUAAGGAACAAAAGCGGGAAAGAUGAUGUCAAAAUGAGAGAGAGGGAGAGAUUGAAGCUGAAACAAAAGGAAAAGGAUGGGAAACGUAAGUAGAAAGGGGGACUUUUUCACCGCUUACACCGGGUCGCAUCAAAUUUUAUCACCCGCAGACAAUGGUACGGAGGAACUGGCGCUGUAGUAAUUCGUUCUGCGACUACUUGGUGACGCGAUCCUAGCUGACGCUUGGUUAUCCCUCCCCCAACGUUGUGUUUGUCCUGGUCGGGACUGUUUAUGGUGUGUCAGCGGGCCAGCAACCGACCGCAGCCAAACUGGCUCUCUUAGCAACGGCCCCGCCUCUCUGUAGCCGAAAUACUAGUUGCUGGACAUUCUCAACCAGGUGAUGUUUUUGCUGUGAUUUCAAAAUGGGAUCUUGCAUUCUCUCAUCUGUUACUGCAUCAUUGAACACUUCAACAUCAGAAUUCAACCCAACAGAAACUAAAAGAUUAUUUCGGUAGUAAGAAUAUGGACUCGCUAGCAGCCGACACCCAGCAAAUGCCUUGCCCAACUGCAGACUUAUCAGUAACAGCUUCCCAGAAGCCGUACUCUGGGGUUACUUCCCCUCUAGUAUCACCCGAUGUUCCAACUUGUUAUUCACAGUUACCCCCCUUGCCUGUAUUGCCAUCUGAUGGCACUCCACCGGAUAACUGCCAAAAAUUAAACUCGGGGAACAAUUCAACCCGAGUACAAGUGAAAACAGAUCCGGGGGAGAUGACUAACCCAGAAAGUACAUCGACCAAAAAAAAGUCAUCGACAAAAAGCACUGAAAAACCUUUCAGUUGCACCAUGUGUGGGCAGCACUUUGCACGUAAAGACACUCUGCAGUGUCAUAAGCGGACACAUACUGGCGAGAGACCAUACUCUUGCGAUUCGUGUCCGUUACAUUUUGCCCGACGCGAUACGCUGCAGUGCCACCGUCGAACUCAUAGCGGUGAGCGUAGGUUCAUUUGUGAAGUGUGCCUGCAGAAGUUUGCUCGCAGGGACACACUCCACUGCCACCAGCGGACUCACAGCGGUGACAAGCCAUUCAGCUGUGACUUGUGCAUUCAGAAAUUCGCCCGACGUGACACCCUGCUCUGUCAUAGACGAACACAUUCUGGUGAGAAACCGUUCGUGUGUCAGUUUUGCGGGAAAAGGUUUGCACGCACAGACAAGCUGCACCGUCACAAGCGUACCCAUCUUCGAGGUAAUCCCACCACAACACCUGGCUCUCAUUAUAAUCAGAAUACAGCAUCUAACUUAAGUGCUGGUAACAACCUGCAUUGCAACAACAGCAGCUGCAACAGUAGCAACUGCAGCCUUAGUGCUAUGCAAGGUCCUUGCAAUGACAACUGCCUAAAUUACAACAAUAGCUCAGGUGCAAAUACACCAUGUACGAGUGCACUCUGUAAUAGCUCAAUGGGUUGCACCUACCACUGUAAUGGUAGUGGAUGCAAUCAGGUAAUUCCUGCAAAUGUGCAGUGCAAUGUAUCAGGGUGCAAUGGAAUUUCAUGUAACAGUAACAUUUCCAACAGUGUGCCAUGCUGCCCAAACAUGAUCAACACAAGCGGUUCUUGUGGAAACAGCAACAUGUGCCUCACUUCCAACAGCCCCCAGUGCCAUGACAGAAGUUCUGCCUCUGCCAGCACAGACACUACCACUGCCUCUUCUGUGGCACCCACCUCUCUUCCUGCUGCUUCAGGUUGUGGUGGUCAGACCGUCGUGCUUUCCCACCAUUCAUCACAGCCUACAGCUGUAAUGACAACUUCAGCAGCACCAAUGUUCACGACCAACUCCAACAACAACCUCACCAGCACAGGAACACUACAGAAACCUGAUCGGUUCCAAGCCAAUUCAAGCAACCAAAUAUGGCAGAUAUUCUACUGAAUAGAGAACCAAUUCAAAUGUGGCAACUGAACACUUUCAACCUCAUCAGAUAUCAGAUUGGCUAUUCUUCACCUAUUACUUGAUGCAUCAGAUACACUUCCUGUUUUGUUUUCAACUGUUGGAAUAUGGUUUGUGAGCACUGCAUGUUCCAGUGUCUCAAAGGUUUUCAGAUACUGGGGACUGGCAGCAGUGCUACACACCUAUUUGCAUUUUCUGUUUCUAUGCAAAUUGGUUCAAAAAUCACAUGGACACACGUGAAUAUACACAUGAGUGUGUGUGCGUAUGUUUAUAUAUACAUAUAUAUAUGUCUGUGUGUAUAUGUAUGUAUGUAUGUGUAUGUACAUAUA